AUGGAGUACACCUGCGGCACCUGCGCCAAGGUGUUCCCCGCGGGCCGGGCCGCGCGCGACAAGCACACUGCCGCAACGGGGCACAAGGCGCCGCGGCACGAGUGCGGCGUGUGCUCGCUUGUGCUGUCCUCGGCCGGGGCCGUCGCCGCACACCAGGCCGAGGCGAACCACUUCCCGUUCGCCUGUCGGGACCCCUUGUGCGCCGAGACCUGGCCCACUGGAGAACGGAGGGACAAGCACGAGCUCGAGGCGCACCGCUUCUGCGGGCCAUGUAAGCGGCGGUGCGACACGGAUGCGAAUCUGAGGAUGCACCUCAACUCGGCAGCUCAUCGCCCCUCGAACCUCGCCUGCCCGCAGUGCAGCGGGCGCUUCGCCUCCGCCACCGGGCUAGCGCACCACCUCGAGCGGGCGUGUGGGCGGCAGCUGGACCGCCAAGCCGUGCUGGCCGUCGUGGCGCCGCGCGACCCGAACGGGUGGUUCUCUAGCGACGCGGUGCGGUUCGUGCGUGCGCCGCGCCAGGCGCCGGAGGGGAGCUGGAACGGGACGGCGUACCGGUGUGCCCAGGUUGGGUGCGGGCGCGAGUUUGCGGAGCUGGCGCUGCUGUCGGCGCAUUUGGCGUCUCCUGAUCACGACGAGCCCGUGUUCGUCUGCUAUGCCGGCUGCGGGCGCCAGUUCCUCGCCCUCAGCGCCAUCUUCAACCAUCUCGAGAGUGACGGCUGCGGCGGGGAAGUGAAGAAGCGCAAGCCGGCGGGGGCGGAGCAUCGGCGCACCGUGUCGAUUGCGGGUGCGGUUGCGGGUGCGGGUGCGGUUGCAACUACUACCACCGCCACCGCGGCCGCUCGGCCUGUCCCCGUCGCCAACCCCAACCCGACCCACCCGGCACCCACCGCACUGCGGGAUACGAACGACGGGCUCAACCGCCGCGCGAGCACGACCGGUCGACGGAGAGAGAGGGGACGAGGCGCAGGCAAGGCCGCUGCCGCAGGUGGAGACGCGGCGGCGAGCCGGGAGAAGCCCGCCGCGAUGCCGUCCCCCGCCCCAACGCGAGACUCGACACCCACCCCCACCCCGCGGCUCAAGGCCGCCAAACCCCGACCUAUGAGCAUCCGCGGGCUGCCCGCACGAUAA